AUGCCAUCCUUCAACCAGAGCACUGCCCACCCAAUAGUCUUCUUCCUCACUGGCAUUCCUGGUCUUGAGACCUCUCAAGUCUGGAUUUCCAUCCCUUUCUGCUGUCUAUAUGCCAUCGCCAUCUCUGGGAACAGCAUGAUCCUCUUUGUCAUCAUCACUGAGUCAAGCCUCCAUGAACCCAUGUACUAUUUCCUGUCCAUGCUGUCCUUCACAGACUUGGGUCUGUGCUUCUCCACGGUGGUAACUGUGUUGGGCAUCUUCUGGUUCAAUGUUCGAGAGAUUAGCUUUGAUGCCUGCAUUGGCCAAAUGUUCUUUAUCCAUGGCUUUACAUUUAUGGAGUCUUCGGUCCUCCUAGUGAUGGCCUUUGACCGCUUUAUUGCCAUCUGUAACCUACUGAGGUAUGCUAUGAUCUUAACCAAUUCACGGAUCAUUGCAGUGGGCUUUGAAAUUGUAAUUAGGGGGGCCACAGCUCUUGUUCCUUUACUCCUGCUCCUCAAGCGUCUGUCUAUUUGUCGUAAUCAUGUGCUCCAUAAUUCCUAUUGCUUCCAUCCUGAUGUGAUGAAGCUCUCAUGCUCAGACACCAAGAUCAAUAGUGCCUUUGGUCUGGCCACUGUCAUCUCUACUGCGGGCUUAGACUCUGUUCUGAUCCUUCUCUCUUAUGUUCUGAUCAUCCACUCUGUGCUAUGCAUUGCAUCCAAGGUGGACUGGAAAAAGGCAUUUGGCACCUGUGUCUCCCAUCUCAGUGCUGUUGCCAUCUUCUACAUCCCUAUGAUCAGCUUGUCAUUGAUGCACAGUUUUGCAAAACUUGCUCCUCCAUUUGUGCACACUUUAAUUGUCAAUGUUUAUCUGCUCAUUCCUCUUGUAAUAAUUCCUAUAAUCUAUAGCACGAUUACCAAACUUCACAAGGUCAUGCUUAAAGCAUUCUUCAUUAAACAACUGUAUGGAAGUUUUAGAGUUCUUUCUUUAAAGCGAAUCCUGCAUAUCUGUGUUUGA